AUGGAGCUAAUCCUAAUCCUCACCCUACGCGGCCCCUACGCCCGCGGCGUCCAAUGGCCAAUGAUGCUCAUGGCCAUCUCCGCCUCCGUAAUCCAAGUCCUCGGCCUAAUCCCGCCAUACUUUGAGCUCGCCAAACGCAGCGGCCGCGUCAUCGGCAUCGACUUCUGGUUUCUGACGAUCGACUACGCCGGCGCGUUUUUCUCGUUGAUGGCGGUCGUGGCCCAGCAGUGGUUCGAUGCGCUGGGCGCGAGUUUGUAUAUCGCGUGCAUGGUGUUGGAGACGGGGAUAUUUGCCUCACAGGCGUGGUGGUUAUGGCGCGUCAGGCACGAGAGGAGGGAGGCGAAGAUAGUUGGGUUGACGUAUGAUGAGUAUGUAGCCAAGCACCCGGAGAAAGGGUUGAAGACGUCGGUGUCCAUGGAGACGUUUGUGGAUGUUGAGGCUGGGCUGGAGGUGGAGAAGGAGAAGAGUGACGAGGUUGUGAGAGAGAAGACGCACGACGGAGAACAACCUGCGGAUUCGACUUGGAACAGCACCGAUAUGGGGACUGGAGCACUGCAGCCGCCACCAGCUGCAGUCGUCAAGUCUUGAGCUCGACUUCUCGUUUGACGGUAUCGACCUUCCGAAACCUUCUUUCUUUGUCUGGAAAAAGCAAUCUUUCUCACAAAACAAAAUGGUUAGCGGGCGGACUUUGUCUUUUCUCUAAUUUACGGACAUUAAAGCAGUGCGCUCUGUCCUUACGAGUGCUUUUGGGGGGGAUACUUUCUUUUCAAAAUGUAAUCAGGCGAUGGUGGGCUUCGGAAAAUCUAUUCUUGCUAGUCAAUGCUAGGGCUCGGAUGGGCUCAUAUAUGAGUACCAAUGCAACUGAUCUCAA